UUGGUUAAAUUUAAAUUCGUUUUAUUCCUUAUUUCCACCACCUUAAACUGUGAAGAUUCCAUUUUGGGAUUGAUUGAAUGAUAUAAUCGAAUUGAAUUCAUCAAGUGAAAUAAGCGAUCAAAUCUGAAUUCAAUAACAAUGUCGUUUAAUAAUACUGAAACUAAUGGUGAAAUUGAUCAUUCGGAUGAAUUUUCGCAACUUCUUAACAAAAUUUGCAUGAACGACGAACAUGCCGAUGUGUCGUUCAUCGUUGAAAACAUCAAAAUACCAGCGCAUAAAAUGAUUCUAUCAAUCAGAAGUUCCUAUUUCCAUUCAUUGUUUUGUGGUGGUUUUGCUGAAGCAAAACAAGCUGAAAUUAAGUUAGAAGUUCCAUUAGACGCAUUCAAAGCGAUUUUGAAGUACAUUUACACCGGAUGCUUAUCGCUGACCGAUUUAGAAAGUCAUCAACUAAUCGAAAUUUAUGAUAUGGCAGAACAAUAUGGUUUUGAUACGUUGAAAAACAUCCUAUCGAAAUAUUUAACAGCUAAUGUGACGUUGGAAAAUUGCAUUUCUAUUUUGAAUGCAGCUCAUUUGUAUUCUAUGGAUGAUUUACAAGCCACAUGCUAG